UCCUCAAGAAAAGACAAUGAGGAUUGUUGAUUUUUCUCCUGGUUUCAUUCAUUGCAGAACUGUACCCUUUUUAUGGCAAGUGAGUUACUGUAACUGAAACCUCAGGGGAGUUACCAAAAUCUCUCUCUCUCUCUCUUGUGUGCUUUGUAAGUCCAUCGGGCCUGUUCUGCUGUUCAAUUUGGAAGUAUGCUCUUUUCAUUUAUUCUUGUUGAUUUGUUGAAUCUUAUUUAAAUUUUCUCGUUUUAGUCGAUCUAAGCCUUUACCCAUUUUGGUCUUACUUUUCUUGAUCUGUUUGGGCUUUUGUAUCUGCUGUAGUGGUGGUUCUUCUUAGUGUUCAAAGUUGUUAUUUUUCCCUCUUUGCUUUUUUAAGUUAUGAGAAUUCAAGUUUCUUGAUUUCAUGGAGUACCCAUCUUUUAGAUUUCUUGGAUUUCAGAGUUAAUAUCGUAUUGAUCAGAAUUGAAGAGUAUGUGGGUCUUGUUCGUAUGAUAACUAAUUUGUUGAGUUGAUUCUUAGGGUUUGGUUUCUAUGAUUUGUUUCUUUGCCUCUUUUGUUGUCAUUGUUCCUCCGAAAAACACGAACUUGGACAAUCGUUUCUCUGGGUGUCGUUUGUGUGAACUCUGAGUACUAUAAUUCAAGUUAGGGUUUUGUAUUCAAUGGUUUUCUUUCUUCAGCUUUGUGUAUCUUUCUUGCUUUGGUAAAAAGUCUUGACUGGUGAGUUCAUCUUGUUAUGGAUUACGGUCGAGAAACCGGGUUUUCGAAUGAAAAUGUGGUUCACAUAGUUCCUGGAACCCCUGGGAAUGGUGGUGUUGAGAAUUGGGAUCCAGGGUCCACUGACCAGGCAGUUUGGGCAACUGAGGAUGAUUAUAGGGCUUGGAAUAGGGAGACAUCAGUUGAUACUGUUUCCAAUUCAAAUUAUGAUGGAAGGCAAUCCCGAUCCCGGUCUGGAAGCGAGCCGCCCAACAAGAAAUCAAGAAAUUCCCAAUCUGGGGAUUUGGGGUCUAGUAAUCGAUCAAAAGUAAUAGGAAAGAUGUUCUUUAAGACCAAACUAUGCUGCAAAUUCCGGGCGGGGACUUGCCCAUAUAUCAGUAACUGUAAUUUUGCGCAUAGUAUUGAAGAACUUCGUAGACCCCCUCCCAAUUGGCAAGAAAUUGUGGCUGCCCACGAGGAAGAACGAGGGGUGUCAUCUGAGCCAAGGGAAGAAUUCCAGAUUCCAUCAUUUGCUUCUGGUUUUAUUGGGGAGACUCAGAGGUCUUAUAAAGGGAGGCAUUGCAAGAAGUUCUAUACUGAAGAGGGCUGUCCAUAUGGAGAUAAUUGCACUUUCCUCCAUGAUGAACAGUCGAGAGCACGGGAGAGUGUGGCCAUAAGUUUGGGUCCUGGGCCAGGUGGUGGACAGAUGGGUGGUGUCGGCGGCGGUAGCAGCGGCGGUAGCCUGAAGCCUUCGAAUUGGAAAACAAGGAUUUGUAACAAGUGGGAUAUGACAGGGUAUUGCCCAUUUGGAAGCAAAUGUCAUUUUGCUCAUGGGUCUGCAGAACUGCAUCGUUAUGGUGGGGGUGUAAUGGAGGGGGAAGUUAAAGAUUUUUCUGCUUCUCUGGAUCAAAAGCAGGGGAUGUUGCCUUCAAGAACUUCAAGUGAUAAUGCAGUUCCACCUCUCAUUUCAGUUCCUCACUUAGACGGUUAUCAUGUUGGGGUUCCACCACAGAGGUUGUCCAAUGUAAUCCCGAAGGUAGGGCAGAGACCCCAUCAGAAGUGGAAGGGUCCAGACAAAAUUAGUAAAAUAUAUGGUGACUGGAUCGAUGAAAUCGAGUAGAACACGAAAUUCCUUGCCUGCACUCAUUGAAACAAAUUGGGAGGAGUCAAUUAUACCCUCUUCAAGUGGAAGAGAGGCAACUUUGUAGUUCUAGGACUAGGAUUUGAAUUAAGUGGAGCUUGAGUUGGCUUUUGUUUCCAAGUUUUUGGACAUCAUGUUCCCUUGUAGAGUUUGAAGCCUUUUGCAGGUUUUCAAGGCUUCACUUUGCUUAUGCAAUCUCUCUGUUUUACCAAAUAUAAAAGCCAGUUAACCCGGUUUUAUCAAAUAUAAAAAGCCUGUUGUCCUAAUUUUUUUUGUUGUGCCAUUGGAUCAUAUUUACUGCUUAAAGCUGAUGGUUUGUUGUGCAGAGUGUUAUUUGUUGCAGAUAAUCUUCCUUUUGUACACUGCAGUUAUUGAGCACAUCUGUCGAGUUUGGCCUAACUCAAUCGCAUGAUGAGAAUCUGCUGUCAAGAUUAGACCGUAUGACUUCUGCCAACCCUAUCCUCAAAGUUUGUAAGAACUUCAAGAUACGAAAAUUAUUGAAUUAUCAGUUACAAUUUAUUUGGGUCAAGUUAUGUUAAUACGAACAAUCUCGCUUAGUUUGAGUUGUUAAAAAAAAUUGGUGUACAGUUAUUCGGGCCUUCUCAUGUUAUUUAAUUUAGGGAUAAUUGUUU